AUGCUCACUAAUUCUGAUGGACCUUUUAUCAACCUGUCAAGGCUGAAUAUUUCCAAGUAUGCUCAGAAACCUAACAUGGCCAAGGGUCUGUUUGAAUACAUCUUUCACCAUGAAAAUGAUGUCAAGAAUGCCCUUGAGCUAGCAGCCCUUGCUACUGAGCAUGCUCAGUUUAAAGAUUGGUGGUGGAAGGUGCAGCUGGGAAAAUGCUACUACAGGCUUGGAAUGUACCGUGAAGCAGAGAAACAGUACAAGUCUGCUCUUAAACAGCAAGACAUGGUGGACAUAUUCCUUUAUCUUACAAAGGUUUAUGUGCGUCUGGAUCAGCCUUUGACAGCCCUUACUAUUUUCAAGCAAGGACUUGAGCGGUUUCCAGGAGAAGUGACAUUACUCACAGGAAUAGCUAGAAUUCAUGAGGCGCCUUCUGCAGAUGGGUGUUUAUAAUUGCCAGCUCUUCAACAACCUUGGACUGUGUUGCUUCUAUGCCCAGCAGUAUGAUUUGACUCUCACUUCUUUUGAAAGAGCUCUUUCACUGUCUACAAAUGAAGCUGAAGUGGCAGACGUCUGGUAUAACAUAGGUCAUGUAGCUGUGGGAAUUGGAGACCUGACCCUGGCGUAUCAGUGCUUUAAACUAGCUGUUGCAAAUAACAAUGACCAUGCAGAAGCCUUUAAUAACCUCGCUGUCCUGGAGAUGCGCAAAGGGCAUGUGGAGCAGGCAAGAGCUCUGUUGCAGACUGCUGCUGGACUUGCCCCACACCUAUAUGAACCGCAUUUUAACUUUGCCUCCAUCUCUGAAAAGGUUGGUGACCUACAGAGCAGCUAUAUUGCGGCCCAGAAAGCACAUACCUCUUUCCCAGAUCAUGUUGACACUCAACAGCUCAUCAAUCAGCUCAAACAGCACUUUGCUAUGCAGUAGUAAAGCAGUGUGCUAUCAGCAGUCCUUUAGCAGACUUCCCAUAUCUGUUAUGUAUCAUUACAGAUGAGAGAGUUGUACCACUUCAGCCCCUGAUGGUCUAGGAGACUUCAGAUCUCUGCAAUCUGUAAUUACAGCUAAGCAACAUUUGUACCACUUCAGCCCCUGUUGGACUAGGACACUUCAGAAGUCUGUGAUCUAACAUUAAAGAAGAGACAGUUGUACCAGUUCAGCCCCUGCUGCUUUAGGAGACUUCUCAUAUCCACUGAUUAUCAUUAUGAAUGAGUGACAAUACCACUUCGGUUCCAGUUAGGCUGAGACUUCCUGUCUCUGGUUUGCAGUGUUGCAGACAAGUGACCUUUGUACGAUUUCAGUCCUGUGUGCUAUUUGUCACUUCCUGUCUCUGCUGUGUAACAUUUCAGUUCAACAUGCUAUAUGUGAUUUCCUAUCUUAGCUAAUAUUACAGAGAAGUGACAUUUGUACCACUUCAGUUCCACUUGCUUUGGGAGACUUCCUAUCUCUGCUGUGUGACAUUACAGAAAAGUGACACGUAUACUACUUUUGUCAUUCAGGUGUAUUACCAGGAAGAGCAGCAGAGCCUACAAUGAUAUGCUUUGCAGCAGGUUCCUAACUAGUAGAGUUGUGCAGUACUAGUCAUCAGGACUGUCUAUGUCUUACAGCCAAAGCCCACUCUGAGGUAGUAUAUGCAGUACUUUGGCAGUGAAGUCUUGUGUCCAUAUUUUUGUACAGAUUAUGGGUUUGAGCUCAUGAAUGUUUAGUCAUCAUUCAUCUUUCUUAACUAGCAUUUCACCUGGCUCUGCUGUGUAAGUGGUCUUGUAAAUGUCUUUGUGGUAAGCAUGCAUCCCCUUUUGAUGGGCACCAGCACAAUCUUUGUGUGAGAACUAAGCAUUACAUGUAUAGUAACCACUGCAAGUGCUUCACUAAAGUUAUAAGGCACAGGAAAAGACAUUCAUGACGUUUUUCUAGUUAAAAGUUGGCUAUAUUGAAGGUGGUGCCUUCAUAUAUGAUCUGUGUUUUUAUAAAUACCACAGUAAGUCUAAGUAGGAGAAAAGGAUAUGUGAUCAGAUAAAACCACUUAAGUUUAUAAGGUCUAAUGAUGGGCAAAAAGAUCCAGGCAUGUCUGUUGCCCUUCUUUUUCCUCCUCCUUAGCCAUGACAGCUUACCUCCACAGUAUUCAAAGGUGUUGCCUUUAAUGAUGCCAGUGUCUUUUCUAUGUAAGGUUUCUUAUUCAAAAUGUAACCAGUAGUAGUGGCAGAUGUUCUUCAUGUUUCACUGUUGUAGUCAUUACAUUUGGGUAAUCUGCUGGCAGGUUGCCCUCAGUCG